CACACUUAUUCUUCUUCUUCUUCUUCUCAGCUAAACUCCGGAAAUCUGGAAAUGGCUCACGGCGAGUUGGCCUCGGCCACCGAGACCCCAAAAUCAUUGCCACCCACUCCACAUUUUACUCCAAACUUCUCAAUGCUACUCUCCCCAACCAACUUCGCUCCGUUCCUCAGAUCACCAUCACCCUCAUCUUCUCACAAUAAGAAGCCCCAUUUCGCUCUUCCCGACAUUCAAUCCUCAAUAGCUUCCGCAACCCAAUUCCUCCACUCAUUGGCUUCGCAAAACCCAUUUCUCAACAAACUAAUCUCCUUCCACGCCGAAUUCCAUAGCUUCUGCCACCAGGUUCAGAGCAUGAGGUGCAGGAAGCUGAAGAGUUUGUCCACUCAUAAUUUCGCGGCGGUUUUACCGGGAGAUUCAGUGGCCGGUCUUGUCGUUGCAAAUGGGGUCUCCAACUUCUUGAACUUAUACAACACUCUUUUGGUCUGCAGGCUUGUGUUGACCUGGUUCCCUAACUCCCCUCCUGCCAUUGUCGGCCCUCUCAGCACAAUAUGUGACCCUUACUUGAACAUAUUCCGGGGGCUAAUCCCGCCGCUCGGAGGCACAUUGGACCUCUCCCCCAUUCUGGCAUUCUUGGUUCUGAAUGCCUUUACGAGCACAGCUGCCGCGCUACCAGCGGAGCUUCCAGCGUCACUGCCAGCUUCCCAAGAACUCAGUGCGUCGUCUACAACAGGAAUUACUCACCUCACUACGCCGCAGAGGAAAUGGAUUACUAGGCUUCAGGGCAGCAAAACAAAGAGUUGAGUUAGUAACGACUUACCUCUUUUGUAAUAUUCCAGUGAGUACUAGACACUAAAUGUACGGCUUUCUUUCUACUAGGCUGAACUGAAGAAUUUUUCGCCUUGAUAUUUAUAGGGUAGAAAUUUCUUUCAUUUGCUGCUGUCUAUUUGAAAAUGAAAAUGUGUACAUUAAGCAUGACUGGAUAUGUUAAGCUUAUGAUUUGU